AUGGCCAGCAUCGUCGCAGGAGGCCUUGAGCGCGCCCAAGAGGCCGUCAAGAGCGUUUCCAACAAGAAUAAGAAGGCCGUAGACCUCGAGCGUGACAUGGUUGAUGUCACCACCGAACAGCGCCAGACCACCGAUCACGGCGUCCCUAUCAGCAACACUGACAAUUGGCUGAAGGCCGUUGAUGGCGACCACACUGGUCCCUCUUUGCUUGAGGACCAGAUCGCCCGUGAGAAGAUUCACCGAUUCGACCACGAGCGCAUUCCCGAGCGAGUCGUCCAUGCGCGUGGCACUGGUGCCUUCGGAAAUUUCAAGCUCCUUGAGAGCUGCGAAGAUGUCUCCUACGCUAACAUCCUCAAUGACACGUCCCGCAACACGCCAGUUUUCGUCCGCUUUUCGACCGUCCAGGGCAGCAAGGGCAGUGCCGAUACUGUCCGUGAUGUCCGUGGCUUCGCCGUGAAAUUCUACACGGAUGAGGGCAACUGGGAUAUCGUUGGCAACAACAUUCCCGUCUUCUUCAUUCAGGAAUCCAUCAAAUUCCCCGAUUUCGUCCACGCCGUCAAGCCCGAACCGCACAACGAAGUGCCCCAGGCGCAGACCGCGCACAACAACUUCUGGGACUUCUGCUACCUCCACCCCGAAGCCACGCACAUGUUCAUGUGGGCCAUGUCGGACCGCGCCAUCCCCCGCUCCUACCGCAUGAUGCAAGGGUUCGGCGUGAACACCUACUCUCUCAUCAACAAGGAGGGCAAGCGUCACUUCGUCAAGUUCAUCUGGACCCCGCAUCUGGGAGUCCACUCCUUCGUCUGGGACGAGGCCCUCAAGCUGGCCGGCCAGGACCCCGACUUCCACCGUAAGGACCUGAUGGAAGCCAUCGACAACGGCGCCUAUCCCAAGUGGGACCUGCAGAUCCAGACCAUCCCCGAGGAGAAGCAGGACGACUUUGAAUUCGACAUCCUGGACGCCACCAAGAUCUGGCCCGAGGACCUGGUCCCGCCGCGCACGAUCGGUGUCCUCGAGCUCAACCGCAACGUGGACGAGUUCUUCCCGCAGACCGAGCAGGUCGCCUUCUGCACCUCGCACAUUGUCCCCGGCAUCGACUUUUCCGACGACCCGCUCCUGCAGGGCCGCAACUUCUCCUACUUCGACACGCAGAUCAGCCGCCUCGGCAUCAACUGGGAGGAGCUGCCCAUCAACCGGCCGGUGUGCCCGGUGCUUAACCACAACCGCGACGGGGCCAUGAAGCACCGCAUCACCAAGGGCACGGUGAACUACUGGCCGAACCGGUUCGAGGCCGGCAAGCCCGACGGGGCGGCGCCGCACCACGGUCAAGGGUUCGAGUCGUACCCGGCACCCGUGACGGGCCGCAAGCGCCGGGGCCUCAGCCCCAAGUUCCGCGAGCACCACAACCAGGCGCAGCUGUUCUACAACUCGAUGAGUGAGCACGAGAAGCUGCACAUGCUGAAGGCGUUCAGCUUCGAGCUCGACCACUGCGACGACCCGGUCGUCUACGACCGCCUGGCCGGCACCCGGCUGGCCGAGAUUGAUCUGGGGCUUGCCCAGCAGGUCGCCGAGCUGGUCGGCGCCCCGAUCCCGGACAAGGCGCUGCGACCCAACCAUGGCAAGCGCACCAUCCGCCUCUCGCAGACCGAGUUUCCCCCCAAGGAGCCCACCAUCGCCAGCCGCCGCAUCGCCAUCCUCAUCGGCGACGGCUACGACCCUGUCGCCUUCAAGGCCGUCCAGCUGGCCGUCAAGGCCGCCAGCGCCCUCCCCUUCGUCAUCGGCACCAAGCGCUCGCCCAUUUUUGCGGAGGGUGAAUCCAAGGAGACGGGCCAGGGCAUCGUGCCCGACCACUACUACGACGGCAUGCGCUCCACCAUGUUCGACGCGACCUUCAUCCCCGGCGGGCCCCACGUCGAGACCCUCCGCAAGAACGGCCAGAUCAAGUACUGGAUCGCCGAGACCUUCGGCCACCUCAAGGCUCUGGCGGGCACGGGCGAGGCCGCCCAGCUGAUCAAGGAGGUCGUGGGCAGCGUGCUGGACGUGCAGGUCGCGACCGCCCAGAGCCCCGACCCCGUGGAGUGGUACGGCGUGGUGACUGCGGGCAGCGUGCAGAAGCCCGAGAGCAUCGGCGAGACGAUCAAGAUCCUCAAGGACGGGAAGGACUUUGUGAGCAAAUUCUUCUACCAGGUCAGCCAGCACCGGAACUACCAGCGCGAGUUGGACGGGUUGGCUUCUACGGUUGCAUUCUAG